AUGGAAAAGAAAACAAACACUGGUACUUCUGAUUUGUCGCUUGAAGCACCUGCCGAUACUGCACGAAAAUUAACUCUAAUAUGUGAACUUUGCGAUUAUACUUGCACUGACCUCGAUAAUUACCGACUCCAUUUGCAAUCUGUCCACAACCAAUUGAAAGGAAAAACAGCUACGGAUAUGGAACGGGGAGCGCCUGUAGCAUGUGGUCGUUGUCGAGAAAGUUUUUGGACUAAUGAAGGACUUGAGCGCCAUUUGCUCAUGUCUCACCAUCUUGUAACUAAUGAUUUGCUAAAAAAAGCACAAAACAAAAACGAUGGAUGUUGCUGCAAAUUGUGCGGGAAGACAUAUUCAUUCAAUAUUUUACAACAUAUGAAUAAUGAGCAUAAUAUUAAACUGUGCCCUGCUGAAACAAUGUUUGUAACUAUUUUUGUUUUUCAUUCAGCUUUAAUUCUAUGUAGGUAUUGUUGUGAUGUUUGUUCUUUUAAAUGUAGUUCAUAUAAAAAAUUGCUGACUCACAUUUCUGAACAACAUCCAAAAACACGUUAA